GGGUUCAAAAUACGUGUCAAGCAGCCUUUCUUCCAGACCAGUCACUUUUGAAGAGGUUUUUUUUUUGGGGGGGGGGCUCUUGCAAUUGUGUUGAGCCUAUUGUUGGAACAUGCUCUUCUAUAGCAGCACCCAGAGUGCACUGCACACGCAGAUCUAGUUAUUGUCUUAUUAUUGGCCUAUAGGGAAGUACGCUGGGUUUUCAUGACAUUUCCUCCAAAUAAUGGUGGUACACAGAACCAGCAAUGACGAUUCAAUACGGAAGUAAACCAAUAACAGUUUCUAUAUCAUUCUUAUAGACAACUGUUGUAGCAUGUAGGUGUGUUCGAGUAAAAACAAGCAUCGUACAAGGCUGCAAAGCUUGAUAUAAGCACAGUAUGGCACCCAUGGGAACUUCUAGAUUCACUGUCUUCUUGACUCUAGCUUUCUGUUUCCUGUCACAGAUGUGUCAAGGCAUCAGAGGUAUAGAGCAUCACAUACAACGAAGGUCAACAAAUGGCAUGUCAUGUACCUGUGAAACUCCCAAAACAAUGCUUACAUGUGCUGAUCAGCCAACAGGUUGUGACAGAGGCGAAAAGCUGUACAGAGAAUCCUGUUACAGAUUCAUCCACGAGGAUCUCAAGUCACGUGACGCUGCUCAUAAGGACUGCAUUGUUCGUAAGGGCCAUCUCGUCUACAUUGAAUCAGAGGCAGAGCAAGCUUUCUUAGCAUUCUAUGGAGUUUUUUUCUCCGACAGUAAUAUUCACAGAGCUGGCAAUCAUUAUUGGACUGGAUUAAUUGCAACUAGAAACUAUACCUGGCUGGAUGGUAGCCCAUAUCGUCGCAACCUUUUCACACUUGAGGAUGACGCUCCGUCGGGUUGUAUUUAUGUCACUGGAAGACGUACACGCUUCUACGCUGGGAACUGUGGAUUAGCAAUGGCAUAUAUCUGUGAAUUUCCAUUGUUGACAAUUGAUGAGAAUGUAUGUCUAAUACCUUGUACUCAUCUAUUUUUAUACCAUGGAGUUUGCCAAGAUGCCUCAAGAGCAAAAACGUUCGGCGAGUCUUGUUACCUAUUCUUUGACAUCAUAUCUAAGACUUUCUACGAAGCAAAGUCGGUAUGCGAGUUUCUACCAGGCGGCCACCUUCUCUAUAUUGAAACCCAAGACGAACUGAAAUUCAUUGAGGAACUACUUGGUAAAAUUGACUCGUUUAGAAGAUACUGGAUCGGUUUAAUGACGCAGUACGUGUGGUUGGAUGGAGUUCUGGCGACCUAUCAAGCUUUCGUGCCCAACGACUAUAGCCAUAAUCAUCUUGGUAGAUGCUUCAGGCUGUAUCCAGAUAAUGAUUUCCGGUGGAAUGACUUUGAUUGUGGAAUGAACUAUGCAUACGUUUGCGAAAGGGAACUGAUGGCUCCGAAAAUGCAAAAACUCCAAGGAGAAACGUGUCAACCACCUGUUGCCAGUCUGAAUUACAUCCUUCAGUCAGGUUCCUUGUGCAUUCGAGAAGUACCCAAUUAUGGGGAUGAGUAUUUCCUUUGUCCUUGUGGCAAGAAGGACUGCAUCCAGGGAUGUGGUUGUGCAACAGCAAGUGAUACUAGGGAGGUGAAGUGUAUAUGCGGACUUUGCAGUUUGAAGAGCCUUGCAUUAAUAGCAACCGAGCGAUUUGCCAACUCUUCCUACAAUGAGUGGCUGGUUCUUAAUUCAACCUUCCUGUGCAAGUGCAGUAAUGGCAGCAGUGCAAAUACUAGUAAAGAGGUCUACCAAUUCAAAGAUGGCGCCUUCACAAGUCUCAAUUCCACUUGUCUGGAAACUCCCGCAGCACCUGGUGCCAAUACCGGUGUCAUUGUUGGCGUUGCUAUAACCGUCUUCGUCAUAUUACUCAUCACAGUGGCUGUUGUGGUAGUUGCAUAUCGCAAAGGAGGAAAGAAGCUGUUUUCUGAACGCAGUAAUAGAGCCCCAAAGUCGACAGCAUCUUCAAAAGAUGACAGGAAUAGAUACGACAAUGACUUAGUGCCAUCUGGUGCCCAUCGCAACCCCACUUUCGCUACAUCCCUAGAUGGUCCCAAUCCAGACGACGCAGACUAUGGAUAUAUCAACCCAGACACUGUUCAGGCGAGUCAGCAGCCAGACACAACCAAAUAUCCAGGGAAUGGUGAGUCAGGAAACCAGUCCAAAGAAAAUUUGACCAAUCAGCAUCCUCCCAAAGUUACUCCCUACAAGCCAAAACCCAAAACAAGCAAUGCUGGCUAUGUGGACGUAGACAGUCCCCCUGUCGCCUUUAAUGACGAAACGGGGUUAGAAUAUGACCCAGAUGUAUUGAUCUCUGAUGAAGGUUAUACCAGGCUGGCUCGACCCUUUGGACCCCCACUCAGCGGCCAUCAGACUGCACCUCAAGAGAGCGGUAUUUGUGAGCAAGACAUUCGGUCUGAUUUAGAAUACCAAUCACUCGGUCCACACGAUGAAGGAUACAAUCAUUUGAACUUUAAAAAGUAACUUGACAGCAAGCAGUUUUUUGGCCCGGGGGGUGACAAUCAUUUUAACUUUCGAAAGUAACUUUGACCAUGGAUGACUAUGGCCUCCGUAGAAUAAUUGCUGAUAAAGGCAACAGAAAAUUCUGGCAUGUUAUUGAGACAUAUAUCAUGUUUAUGCUGAAUUUGUAGGGGAAAUUCCAGAUCACUAUCGUAGUCGAUCGUUCUGCUGAGACAUAUGCAAUCAGGUUACAGUCAAAACCAGAUCGUGGAAGGCACCGGAGGCCAUGCCCAGAAGGGGAAAUCAUAUUUUGUGUAGUUUUGAAAAAAUAAAAAAAACCUUUUGAGAGAAAGGCCAUUUGGAGGGACUAUUGCCUUUCCACCCAAAAGCGUGUAAAAGCCCCCCGCACCCUUUAUAAACGCUAUGAAAGGUUACAUAGAAAAUCUUAAAUAUUCGGCCCUCUUAAAAUUCGACCCCCAUUUUUUAAAAAUCCACCCUUCGUUAUACUCUAUGACCUUCCCAUUUCCAAACCUUGACCCAGUUAUCCUAUUACGGAUUUACCUACGGUUGAUCAGCCAUUGAUAUUCUAAACGAAUUCAUGAGACUCAAACUCUGUUUUUGUGUAAUACGAUUGAAAUUUCUGUCGCUAAAAUGUUACUUUACAGAGUUUGAUGUUUCAGUGACAGAGACCUAUCGUGGUGAUGGGACAUGAAACUGAAGCAACGUUACCAUGGUUUCAUAGAGGGUCCUUUGUCAUGGGAUAUUCUUCCUGAUACAGGCUUUAUGCUCAAAGACAAUCUUUAGAAAAAAAUUUGUAGGAAUUCAGUUUGUGAUGAGAAUCGACGUUAAAAUGAAUCAGUAAUAAUAACCAGAAAUUAAACAAACUUGGUUAAGAAGAUCUGAUUACAAUUUAUGAUCACUUCUUAAAUAUGGAAAAUACUGGCGAAUCCAAACAUCACGAAAUUUCCCAGGGGUGAAUACGGGCGAAAUUUGUCGACCCUUCCUAACCGCGCAUUGGGUCGACAGAUUUCGUGCAUUGUGAUUGGUUAACGCAAUGCAAACUCUUGGUGGCGCACUAUUGUGAAACGCCCGUAUUACCCGUCUUACCGCCAAAUGUUGGUCGCUUGAGGCUUGGAAAGGUCUAUUUGCCCAUUAUGUAAAAAAAUCCAAUUUGUACUUGGCUUGUACCUAUCAGAUUCUAUGUAGUUGCAGACACUGUAGUGUAAUGGUUGUGAGUAAUGUUUCUCAUUGCAUAGUAGGCCAUAAGAU